GAAACUCGCAGCGGGCAUUGGAUUCCUGUUGUGGGUGUUCACUUAUUUGGUAUUUUUAACAACUGAAACUACCACAAACAUACUUUCUGGCUCACUUUUCAUCAAGAAUCUCGGGUGAGUUUCAGCAGUAACAGCUACAGUAGAAGAUUGUUUACACUUAAAUCGCAGUGGUUAGCUACGUUGACGCAGUUUCUUUUAGCAAAUACAUAGUGCUAGCUACAGUAGCAAACAGUGCUGUUGCAAGCUAGCAUUAGUACUGUUGCUGAUUACCACUGGAAACCCAAAUAAUGACCACGGAUAAGGAGAAUCUGGAUGUUUUCCAGGGAUUCACACACAACUCUCUGAGUCAGAAAGCACUGAAUCUUAACCAUGGCUCUGGUCUGCAGAAAAGGGCCUUGAAAGAUACAACUAAUGUCAAGGAGUCACAUUCUACCAAAUCUUUGCCUGCAGAUAAAUUACAAAUCUUGAAAUACCAGAAAAACUUGCCUAUCUUGUCUGAUAGCAGUUCAGAGAGGUCUAUGGCCAGUCAACCAACUGAGGAAACAGCAAACCUAAGUACCUCUGGUCCAAAAGUAUGGGUGGAGAAUGACUGCAAUGAAAAUAUUCCUCCUUCCAGGGCCACCUCUUAUACCUUUGCUCCCAAGGUCUCAACUGAAGCAGGUGGUCGGGUUAGACCACGCUAUAUUGUACCACCUGAAGUGAAGGCCCUGUCAGAUGCUGUUAAUACAAAAAGUAUUUCUAAUUACUUGGACACUCUAAUGAAUCCCUCUAUGAUUGCAGAUGAAAACAUCACUUUAUUGGAUGCAUCUGUAAAUUGCACAGUUAAUUCUGCCAGUUUUAAACCUAAAACUCUAGACGAAGAUUUUGAAGCAACCGAUAGUGUGAGCUAUUCACCGCAGAGUGAAGCGCAAAAUCUGACUGUAGAGGUGGUCCGGUCUGCUUCAUGGACAGAGCCAUCCUCUCCUUCAACAUCUGCUGCAAAGUGUGACAAUACAAUGAACUCCCUUGAGCUUUGUGCCGAUGUGAUGGGUGAGGUCCAAGUUCUGUCAAACUCAAGCAUAGGCAGUGAGUCAAGUCAACUUGUUGUCCCAGAAAUCGCCACUGAAGCAAGAGGUGAACUGCUUCAUAUUCUGCCACCCUCUGUGAAAAAUAAGACUUUCUCUGACACUACUGACAUCAGUGUCGGGGAUGCAACUGUAAACAGCACAAUGAAUGAUUUCAGCUCUCCUCCCAAAACUCCUGUAUCCAUGAGAUUAGAGGAAGAGGUGGUCAGUAAGGCAGAGGUUGACAAACCUAUAGCUGCGGAGGGCAAUUUAACGCAAACCAUGUCACUCAAUAGCUCAAGCUCCUCGAGAGUGAGUCUCGAUGGCACUCACAAUAUAUCUACAUUUGAGGAUAAACCAGAAAUGAAACAUUCACUGAAGUGUGAAAUACAGAAUCGGACUGUAGAGAUGUCUGAAACGCCGCUCCCAAUGACUGAAGCCGAGUGUAACAGCAAAAUGAUGCAGGGCACAUUUAACCUUUGUGGGGAAUCAACGGAGGAUCUCCAAAUUGGGUCAAACUCAACGAUGACCCUUCCCAAACAUGUCUCAACUACUGAGUUACCACAGACCAACGUCAAGACCGUGAGCUCCUUCAGCAAUACUUUACAUCCUCCACUUAAUAGUGCAACCACUUUCCUGGAAACUGUCCACCCUUUGAACAACACGUUUGAAGCUCACACAUCAAACCUUAAUGUUGCCACUACUGAGAUGGAAAAGCCCUUAAACACAUUUAAAGCUUGUCCUCCAGAGGAAUUUAGUGUUGCAACCACAGUGGAUGAUACAGAUGGGGUAACAGCUACCCACCAGAACAACACUUUUGAAACCAACAUUUUCAACCAAUUCAGUGGCAUGACCACAGAGACUAAUGGUCAAUCAAUUAGCCACCAGAACAUGGCUGUAGAGGCCAAACCUUCAAUGGCAAUACUUUCUACAACAACAGGGGCAGAGGCUAGCAUCAAAAUGAUUAGCACCAGGAACAACACCUUUGAUACUCAAGCGGCUGACGUUCAAUCUUCAAUGAAACUCCAAGACACAUUUUCAGAGUCAGCAGAAAGUGUCAAGAUGGGUAGUCCUCACGACAAGACAUUUGAAGAUCCAAUGUUUCCAAAGCUCGAUAAAACAACCAAAACGACGGAAGACACAGUCAGUUGUACAGGCACUGAGGCAGAGGAUAAUGUGAAGAUGGUUGGCCUUCCGAAAAAUGCAAAUGAAGCUCAAAUUCCAUUGCCGCUGACUGGCACAAAGGCAGAAGCUAAUGGCAAGGCAGAGAAUAACCUUAUGAUUCCCCUGAGCAUUACUCCACCAUCACUGCCUGUUGAGAUAUUUACUACUGAUGUUGACAACAGUGAGCAGAAUAUGCAUUCCAUGCCAGAUCGGUCCUGGAAAGACAUCUCUGACAGUCUGUGUAAUCAGAGUGUGGAAACGGAAACCAAUAAAGCCACAUUCAGCUUGGAUGGCACUCUAGAACUAGGAAAUUCCAGCUCACUGAUCACUUCUACACCCAUGCCUAAUUCCAGAGUAGCCCAAUUAAAAUUUGAAUGCGAAGGAGGUAAAACCUCACAUGAACAACAAAAGCGCUGUAGUGAUGUUCUACUUAAACCGACUACACAGUUACCUACCGAAUCCAACAUAAUCAGUAAUCGGAAGACAUUAUUUAAACCCGGAGCCCCCACCAAUGUCAGGUCACUGAAACCCCCUACUAGACCUGCAUCCCAGCUUCCAUCUUUGGCUAGCCUGCCAAAAACAAAGUCAUCCACCUCAGGUACCUCAGAGCUACCAGUCUUUGCUCUACCAGAUGCAAGAAGGAUCACUCGGGCCAUAGCUUCCAGAAAUGCUACAGCUGCUGUCUCACAGGAGGGUUCAAUUUCGGCCUUGGGUGUACAUACUGCAAUUCCAGAAUCCAAGCUGCCUUCCAUUGGCUUGAGGAAACGUCCAACCUGUAGCUUACAGUCAGGCAUUCAGAGGUCUUUGCCCCUUCCAAUACCCCUCCCAGAAAGGGCCAGCGCAGUGUCCUCCAAUGACAAACCAAGUGGCAUUGCAGCUGCCUUGAGGUCAAAAUCUAAGACUGUACAAACACAUAAGCAAGGCCAGAAGCAUCUGUUGACCAGCAGUGAGGCCUUCCCAUUGGCAAAGAGGAAAAAAAUAGUCCCCCCUUCCAAGGGUGCUGUCCCAUCAGUCUCAACCCAACCAGCGAACCCUCCAGAUGAAAUUCUGGGCCAAUCCACAAGCUUUGGAGCUCAGCCUGCAAGGGGAGCUAGAAUCCCGAAGAGACCUGCAUCUAGCCUGGCAGUUGUACCAAAGAAACAGAACCCUGGUAUCAAACACUUAUCUGGUACGUUGACUUCAAAGCAACCCACCAAGUCGAUUUACCAAGCAGCUCCCACCACCAGGGGUGCUGUUCCAUCAGUCUCAACCCAAACCUCUAACUCCCCAGAUGUGUGUGCCAAUUGCCUUAUCCUUCAACAAGAACUGGAGCAGUGUCGUCAAGAAAUCAAAAGAGUGCAGGAAGAAAUGCGAAACCGAGACCAGAUGAAUAUGUGAAGGAAUACAAAAACGGAUGUUACAGUUUUUACUUUCCAACAAUCUAAUAAAAUAUUUGCUGCUA